GCCUUUCAUUUAUUUCUCCCACACCGCUUCAGUUCACCGCCCACUCUUAGUACUGUUUCUCUGCCGCCGAGCCUCUCAAAAUCAAUGGCUUCGAAAGCUAAAAUGACGGAGUACGAGCGCAAGCGGCUAGAAAACAUCCGCCGCAACGGCGAGAUGAUGGCCGCUCUCAAAAUCCAGUCCAAAGCUUCUCUGCUCUCCCAAUCCGCCAAACGCCAGAGAGUCGGAGCUGUGCAAUCGAAGUCGUACAAACUGAGUCCGGAGAAGAAAUUGAAACCCGACUCGCCUGUAGUCAUCCGGCGCUCCCUCAGAAGCCGAGGGCUGCCGCCGGAGGGCGUAGACGGCGUCCUCUCCGACGAUCCUCCCUGCGAAACCCUUAAAAUUUCCAGUAAGGAGAAGGUCUCGCCUCGUGUAUUAGGUCCCCUGAGCAUGGACGACGCCCAGGACGGCGCUGGAUCUAACGGGACACUGAUUUCCACUCUGUUAUCCAUCGAUACAAAACCCCAUAUGAGUCCUCCGGUCAAGGAGGAACACGCCGGAGGAGAUGUGGUGAAGAAGGAGAGUAUCGAACCGAGGGAUUCGUUCGAUUCGGAGAGAGUCAAAACUGAAGGUUUUGAUGAGGGAAUUAAGGAAGAGAAGAAGGGAGCUGUGAGCCUGCUUGAUUUGGGUUCGAUGAGAUUGGAAACUGAUAACAUUGCAAGGGUAGUUCCAGGGAGGAUAAUGAGUGUAGAGUUUCUACCUUGUACGGAUUUGAGGAUGGUUGUAGUGGGAAACAAACUGGGCAAUGUUGGGUUCUGGAAUAUGGACAGCAAGGGAGGUGAUGAUCAUCACAACGGGAUACACUUGUAUAGACCUCAUACCGGGCCGAUUUCUGGGAUUGUGUUUCAAGAGUCCUCCUUCUCUAAGAUCUUUUCGAGUUGCUACGAUGGCUACAUUCGGAUGAUGGAUGCCGAGAAGGAAGUGUUUAAUCUCGUGCAUCACACUGAUGAGGCUAUAUUUUGUCUGUCUAAGCCACCAAAUGAGGACAAGGGCUUGUAUUUUGGUGAAGGUCGGGGCGGGUUAACUGUAUGGGAUGAGAAGAUGGGGAAAGCUUCAUUCCAGUGGUUUCCUCAUGAGGACAGGAUCAACACCAUUCAUUUCAAUCCAAUGAACCCUAACAUCAUGGCCACCGGUUCGACCGAUGGGACUGGGAGGAUUUGGGAUUUGAGAAAUGUCGGUUCGAGUCAGCCCAAAUGUUUGAAGAUGGUCAGCCACAACAGGGCUGUUCAUUCUGCUUACUUCUCACCCUCUGGCUGCUCUCUUGCAACUUCAAGUCUUGAUGACCACGUGGGAAUUCACAGUGGGAUAGAUCUCGAGGAUAACUGUAUGAUACCCCAUGAUAAUCAGACUGGCAGAUGGAUCUCUAAAUUCAGAGCAAUAUGGGGAUGGGGUGACGCUUACCUUUUCAUUGGUAACAAGAAGAAAGGAGUUGAUGUGAUCUCUCCCGCUGAAAACAGAGUCGUUACGACCUUGAAAAGCUCAGAAAUGAUAGCAAUUCCGUGCAGAUUUGAUGCCCAUCCUCACCGGGUUGGAAUGCUCGCUGGUGGCACCGGCGGUGGGCAGGUUUAUGUAUGGACCUCUAGCUAGGAGAAGCUGGCAACUGCCUUUUCAAGUUUGUAGGAAUAACAUGUUUUCUUCGUAUGGUUGGUUAAUGCAAUUCAGAUGAGUAGGUUAUGGUUAGAUAUACUUGUGAGUUUUCAGGUACUUUUGAUUUAGUUCAGCUGGUUUUGUUUACAAGUCGGAAAUGUUCAGCCCUUGACUUGCCUGUUUGUUGAAAGAUUAUGUACAUGAUCAAUUUGAUCUCAGUGAUCUUCAAUGA